AUGGACAAAACCCCCCUCAUCUGUGACUAUGGUUCUGGCUUUAGUAAGGUGGGCUUUGCAGGAACUCAGGCCCCUCAGGCUGUCUUCCCCACCAUCCUCGGGAAAAUGAAACAUACCAAUGUGCUAGAGGGGUUGGAAGAAAAAGACUGGUUCAUUGGAGCUGAGACCCAGAGUAAUCGAACAGAGCUGAAUAUGUAUCACCCCAUCUCCCGGGGAGCCAUCACCAACUGGGACAAUGUAGAGAAGAUUUGGCAUUACUCCUUCUACCACACCCUCCGCAUUGCCCCUGAGCAGCACCCUAUCUUGAUAACAGAGCCACCGUUAACAAGCAAGGAAGCUAAAACCAGAAUGACUCAGAUCCUAUUUGAAACCUUCAACUUCCCCGCCAUGUACACGGCUAAUCAAGCGGUCCUCUCCCUUUACGCUACUGGCAGAACCUCUGGCACAACUGUUGAGUCUGGAGACGGGAUGACCUACUUCGUGCCUGUCAUUAAUGGCUAUCCUUUGCACCUGUCAACCACCAAGCUGGACAUAGCUGGCCAAGACCUGACUCUGUACCUCAUGAAACUGCUGUCAAACAAUGGAAAUGUGUUAGAGACCAUAGCUGACCUCGAGUAUAUCAGAGACCUGAAAGACAAAUGCUGCUAUGUGGCGCUGGACUAUGACUUGGAAAUGUCAAAAACUUCAGCACCCUCCUUCCAGAAGAAAUUCACGUUGCCAGAUGGCAAGGAAAUCAGCCUAGGGCAGGAAGCUUUCAUGUGCUCAGAGGCUCUCUUCAACACCAGCCUCCUGGAGAGAACCAACCCAGGGAUCCACAUGCACGCCCAGGAGACCAUCAUGUCCUGUGAGAAAUCCCACUUGAGGACUCUAUUUGGUUAUAUCAUACUGUCUGGUGGCACCGGGGCCUGUUCAGGCCUGCGAUUCCGGCUGCAGAAGGAGCUAGGAAAGCUGGUCUCUCCAGACCUCUGUGUGAAGGUGGUUACCUCUCCAUAUGCCAAGUAUGGUGCCUGGGUAGGUGCCUCCAUCUUGUGCUCUCUCCCUCUGUUCAAGGACAUGUGGAUCACACACCAUGAGUAUUUGGAAUUUGGCCCUUCUGUCAUAUGUAGAAAAAGCUUAUGA